CUGCAAACAGGAAACUCUCACAUUUAGUACAUUACUAUAAUAUUAGAGGUUAAAAUUAACAACAGAGCCCAAACUAUUAUAUUCAACUGCUAUUUAUUUUCAGAUAUAAUUACACCCAAAUAAAAACUGAAAUGUUUGUAUGCAACUCGAUUACACACAAGGUAGAUUUAUUGACGUCUUUCUGCAGUUGAAACACAGAUUAAGUGAUUACAUGAGACAUGAUUUCUUUCAGUAAGUUGUUCUGUAUCUGUCAACAUACCUUCUGAUGUUCAUGCAUGUUUUGUUCAUGCUGUAACUAAAGUGGAUAAAAAGACUCAUGCUCUGCAAUGCCGCUUGAGCUGAGGUGUUACAGUGAUCUUUCAUGUCACAUUUAAGAGCAUCAAAACGUGAUAAAAAUGGACAGAAUUUGUUUGUUUCUUAUCAGAAGUAACAAAGCACAAAGCUCUUUGUCAUAAUUGGAUGGGGGGCAUGCAAUGUUUGGCGUAGCGAAAAAACGCAGAUCUGGCAAACCUGGCUUGAACUACGGGUGAUUCGGUCAAAUAGAGCAUUCUUUAACUAUUCUUUAAACUAUUUUAACUGUUAAUGCAUUAUUGUGACAUUCAUUUGACCUGAAUUCAACACAGGAGAGACUUUCUUCACACAUAGCAUGAGUUGCAGUCUGAACACACUUUUCCAUCGGCCCCAAUCAUCGGCUGUUUUUAAACAAUCUGCCUUUUAUCGGCCGAUACCGAUUAUUGGCCGAUACAUCUGUGCAUCUCUAGAACAAUGAACAGUUGUAUUUUUAUCAACUGACGAUUACAAAGAUUUAUUAAUUUAAAAAAAUGGUAACAAAUGUAUUGCACAUUGUUAGUUAAUUAAUGCAUUCACUAAUGUUAUCGAAUGGGAACUUAUUGUAAAGUGUUACUGAAUAAAUCUAACUUUAAGUGCAAUAAAAGGAAAACAGUUGAAAAGCUGUUAAAAGUGAUGGCUAUUUUAUUAAAUGAUUACAUCUUUGUAAUAUCUUCUGCGUUUGUCUCAUUAGCUACGGUCUUUUUCAUAAGCUUCAGGCAAAACUGAAUUCACAGAGCUGAACGACGUGAACACUCAUAUGAUUCAUCUAGAAAUGCAGCACUAUAUAAUUUUAAGAUGUCAGCUCUGUGUCAGACCCACUGCUGUCAUUCUUCCACUUCAUUUGCGUCGGUGACCAAAGAAAUUAUAUAAAGUUUUGAACAAGCCAUUCAAUAUUUAGAUCUUUUUUCUUGUAUACAUGUAAGCUAACACCAUAUUAGACAGACGGUUUUUUUUUUUCCCCCAUUUGCUUGAGAAAAUAUGAAUGGUGCUUGUCAAUGCAAAAAUGCUAGGGUGAUUGAUUAGGGGUGUCAGACAAAAUCAAUCAAACACUUCAAAAAGCAAUAGUACCCUUCUCAAUUUUAUUUAUUUAUUUUUUAUUUUUUUAGGGUACAAUUUACGUCCAUUGCACAAAUGGCAUGAGUUUUGCACCAAAGUUGAAUACUUUGGGAUAGGGGUUUGUUCAAAUCACUAACCCUGAAUAUGAGCAACAUUGAUGCUUGAUUUACUGUAGCAUGUACCAAUAAAAUGGGAUCACAGAAGUGUGGUCUAGAAUAAACUGCAGUGAAGGGGAAAAUCAAAUGAAGAGCAGAAAAAGUAAGAACAACUUCCUGUUGUGAUGUUGAUUUGCAGGGAGAGGUACAUCUGUUACAUGCAGAUGUUUGAUUCUGUGAACAUAUUUGGUUCCAUCCGGUAGAUCUAACUGCUAAUUUCUGUGAAAUAAUUAUGGCACAUUUGUUUAGCGACACAUUUGGAAGAAAGAAUGCAGCGCUUCUUCCCCUCCUAGCUGUGAUGAAUUCAUUCAUAUCAUAUAUGAGAAAUGACAAAUAUGAUGUCCUGGGACGAUAUAUUGGCUCCAAAACCUACAUGGGCAUUAUAAGCACACUCACAACACUAAGGCUGUUCCAAAAUGUAUAGGCAGCAACAUUUUGUUGUCUUCUUUACUCUUAAAUAUAAUUGUUCUUUCGGUAUAUAUGGUUCCAUGAAGAACCUUUAACAUCCAUAGAACUUUUUCAUUACACAUAAGGUUCUUUAUAGUGGAAACAGGUUCUUUAGAAUAUUAAAAGGACAUUCUGAUUGUAGCUGUGAUUUUGUUGUGUAUCGUGGGUUUCGUGAUAGCAGAGAUGGAAUGUAGACGUAUACUGUAAGUUAUGCAAUUGAAAAAACAAAAAGGAGGGCUAAGAGGUGAAAUCUCCUACGACAACUUGCAGUGCUACAUAUCAUCGAGGCUGAGAAAAGAACACAACGCCGCAGACAAAGGUGACAGAUUCAUGGAAGGGGGAAAAAUGCUGGCCAGGAUUGUUUUCGUUUGCUCCUUUUUUGCUGGUGCUAGUCUUGGAGAUACUGAGCCCAAGGUGCUGUACGAUGGAGCUUGCAAAUCUUUGUGCACCUGUGAGGAGAAAGAUGGACAGUUGUACAUAAACUGUGAGGAAAAAAACAUAAGUAAAAUGUCAGACAUUGAAGUACCGUCAGAUAAACCUUUUCAUCUAAAUCUAUACAAAAAUGACCUAGUGGAGUUACUUGCAGAGGAUAUAGAUGCUUUCAAGAACGCCAUCACUUUACAUCUCGGUGCCAACAGCAUACAGGAGCUUGAACCUGGUGUGUUCAGUGCCCUGGGAUCCCUGAGGAAGUUGCACAUAAACAGCAAUUUCCUUGUCAUGCUGAAGGAGGACACAUUUCAAGGCUUGGUAAAUUUGGAAUACCUUCAGGCUGACACCAACUUCAUCCGGGUCGUGGAGCCUGGGGCCUUCAGCAAGCUUGUCCGUCUUAAAGUUCUGAUCCUCAAUGACAACUCCAUUGAGUUCCUUCCAAGCAACAUUUUCCGCUUCGUGCCUCUGACACAUUUGGAUCUGCGUGGGAACAAGCUGCAGACACUGCCGUAUGUGGGUUUCCUGGAGCAUAUUGGUCGUAUCAUGGAGCUCCUGUUGGAGGACAAUGACUGGGUGUGUAAUUGCGAAAUCUUACAUUUAAGAGUCUGGAUUGAGAACAUGCGAGCGCAGUCAUCCAUCGGCGAGGUUGUUUGCAACUGGCCUGAAGAUCUUAGGGGCAUCAGUUUGUCUAGGGUCAAAAGGGAUUUACUUUGCCCCUCUCAUGCUGACAUCAACCUCGAAGAGCCAUCAAAAUCUCUAGACAUGGUUGUCACCCCAUCCACUAAGGUUGUUCAGAUCCCGAAUGUCAAAGAUGAUGCAAAGAUACCAACACCUGCAAACGGCCUAGGGUCGUUUUGCGUGUCAAGGUGCUCUUGUGACAGUAUGGGUUUUUUAAUGCAGUGUGAGGACAGAGGCAUUCAAAGGAUAUCUGAUCUUGGCAUUCUUGAACAAAGCCCAACCAUGCUGGUUUUGACAGGAAAUAUGAUACAAAGACUUUUCAAAUAUGACUUUGUGACGUACGACAGUUUGGAAUUGCUCAAUUUGGCAAACAACCAAAUAGACUACAUCGACAAUGAAACUUUUCUGAGUUUGAGCAAUCUGAAAAAGCUGUACCUGAAUGGCAACAGGAUAGGGAAAGUCUCUGCGACAAUGUUUCUUGGCCUUCACAACCUGGAAUAUUUGUACUUGGAGUAUAAUGUCAUCAAAGAGAUUGAGGCUGGAUCGUUCAACCCUUUGACAAAUCUCAAGCUCCUGUUCCUAAACAACAAUCGGCUCAACACUCUCCCUGCACAAAUAUUUCGUAAUGUGCCAUUGGUGCAGUUGAGCCUAAGGAAAAAUGUCUUUAUGCACUUACCGGUGAGUAAUGUGUUGGACCAGCUCAAUUAUUUGGAGCAAAUAUAUCUUGAGGACAAUCCUUGGGACUGCACUUGUGAUUUGGUCAGCCUCAAACAGUGGGUGGAAAAGCUUAGCAAGGACAUUGUGGUGGGCGCCAUCUUAUGCCACACACCUCGAAAACUGUCUACUGCUGAUGUUAGAAACCUGAAGCAUGAUGUUCUCUGCCCUGGAUUGGUAACCUAUGAGGCCACAGAGGGUGGUAUCCCAGUCACGACUGCGCCGGAAGGCGGCACCAGCAGCUUGUUCCGGUCCCUGACAGAUGCAGUGCCACUAUCGGUGCUCAUCCUCUGCCUUCUCAUCCUUUUACUGACUGUCAUUUUCUGCGCUGCCGGGAUUGUCGUGUUUAUGCUACACCGUCGGCGGAGACAGGCUAAAAAGAAACAGGCCGAGGAGCAACCUCGCGAGAGCAGUCCCAUCCACUUGCACUACAGCAUGUAUGGCCAGAAAACCACCCACCACGUAACUGAAAGGCAAGGACCAAGCAUGUACGACGAACCUUCCCGUAGCCCCAUCGUUCAGGUCUGCAGGAACCCUAGUUACUGCUCUCAGCACAAAGAGUACGAGUUGGAUGACUACGACAGCGAUAAACCUAAGCAUAUCUGCCACAGCAUCCUUGACAAGGACAACGAAUCCCUCCCUAACGUGAAGUUCAGGGCCGUCACCGACUACCCCGCUGAGUUUGUGAAUUUGGGAGAUGCGAACUCCUUGUACAAGAACAUCUUAGAAAGGGAACGGGAGCUCCAACAGCUCAGCCUCACCGAAUACCUCAGGAAAAACAUAUCACAGCUACAACCAGCUGUGGACAUGCAAGUCCCCAACCACCACAAAGAGCUGAAACUAAUGGAGACUCUCGUUUAUACGAGGCCUAGGAAGGUCAUGGUGGAACAGACUAAAAAUGAGUACUUUGAGCUCAAAGCCAACUUACAUGCCGAACCAGACUAUUUAGAAGUCUUAGAGCAUCAAACGACUUUCAACUGAGAUAAGUACACAUACUUUGAUUUGACAAAUGAUACUCCAAGUGCCUUGACAGUCCAUUCUGAGUUCUGAUUUUGCCCGAGAGAUAUAAUACAACAAUGUCAGAGUAGAGGCAAUUCUCAUGAUACAAUCAUUUGACGCUGACACAAUGCCUAAUUUCAGGUGGACCUUUAGCGUUAGCAUGCUAUUGGGCAUUACAGAUGAUGGAUUAUACAUUCUAACACAAUUCCAAUCACACAGAAAGAGUCACAGAGUUACGUCUUUGGACAAGAUUGGCUUUGAUACCAGAACAUUCGUUUUGCAUUGUGGUUAAUGUAUUCUCUUUAUGUUUGCUACAUGGUAGGGGAGACUAGCAUAGAGUCACUUCACAUUUCUAUCUGUGUAUCUCUCAUUAUGUACGUGACAAAUCUUUAAGCUCUGUUUAUCUGUAGCAAUGGAAGAAAACAUGUUUUCCUUCUUUUUUUCUGUCAGACAGAACAUUUAUGGUUAGUUAAAACAUUCCCUGAUUUGCUAAGCUUUGAAUUAAACAUGCCCAACACAGUUUUUGUUCAUUAAAUAUUAAAUAAUGGUGGUACUUAGAUCUCGAGAUGUCUGAAAAUUGCAUUUAUUAAUAAAUAAGGCGUCAUCAACAGCAAAUAGCUUGCCAAGUGGCUAUUGUUUUGACCCUGAGGUUAGACUUUAUGACUGGGCUCAUUUAUCGUGCCUGAAAUUGGCAUCUCACCUGGAAUUGUCAACACGCCUGGAGAGUUUGUUCAGAAAUUAUGUUAUCCAGACCCACUUGCUCAUUACCGCCACUGCUUCUGAUAUGGACAAAAACUCUGCUGGGUAUCCUUGGUGAAAAUGAAAAGAAAAGAAUUGCACUACUUAAAAUACCAUUUAAAGGUGGUUGAUGACAAUCACGUUGUCGGGCCGCACAGUCUAUGCCAUUUUUUUCCCAUAGGAAAACCAAGUAGUGUAGCUUCUGGUUUGUAAAAUAAUGUUGUUUAAAGUUCCUUUCGACACAAAUCAUAUCUGAAUAUUUUCUUUCAGCAUGACAGUUAUGCAGGGUGUUUUAUCUUCAUUAUGUGGCUGGAGAAGAAAAAGAAAAUAUAUAUCUAUAUAUGUAUAUGUAUAGAGAAAUUAUGCACACAAAUUAUUGCGUUGAGCCUUGAAAUGUUUUACUGUGUGGAAGAGCACCAUAGCUUUAUUUUGUACAAGUGUGGAUGAUAGUUAUUUAUUCUGUAUAUUUGUACAUAAUUUAACAUUUAUAUGUUUGUGUGCCUUCAAUGUGGUACCAAUUAAGCUGUAAAUAAACAAAUAAAUAAAUAAAUUCAGAA